CUCUCUCUCUCUGUGACACAAACACAUCCAGGCACGCAAGAACGGAGAGAGAACCACCAUGGUGAAGCCCUACUCCUACUGUGUAGUUAUUAUCUUGGUUUCCCUAUUGCUAUCAGCUUCCCCUUCAUGUUCCUCAAACGAUGCUAUCUGGGGAGAUUCAGCAUCAGGAUACUGCUGUGGAGCAGAAAUCCGAAUCUACCAAUGGCCAUCAGGGUACACAGCUCUCGGUAUACCGAAAUACAGCGUCCUGAUCGUAAACGAGGCAUGGGGUGCACCGUCCGGCGUGUUCGACGUCCACAUCUCCUGCGGCGAAUUUGCAUCGGCUUCUCUGAUUAAUCCCCUUCUCUUCCGGCGCGUCGCGGUGGAUGAUUGCCUUCUUAAAAACGGCAAGCUUUUGUAUCCCGGUGAAGUCAUUUCCUUUCAUUAUGCCAAUAUACUUCCCUACCCUUUGGCUGUCGUACAGGUUAGAUGCUGAAAAUGCCAGGCCCCUUUCUGUUUGUAUGGGAAUUUGUGGAAGCUUCAUUGUAGUGAAUGUUGGAAAUUUAUUGAUUUUUAUUCAAAGAAAACUGUGUGUUGCAAGGGAGUUAUAAA